AUGAAUAAAUGUGCAGCAUUUUCAGUCUCGGGAGCAUUUCAAGAUGUAGAAGAUACAAUAUCAUCUUCGUCGUCGUCAUCUUCUACAAAUAAUUCAACAGAAUCAUCAAAUUCUAAAACAAAUUUAAAUCACGGGGGAACCGUUGGUUCUUUUUCUCGGUCACGUAGUUUCGGUGCAGCAACAGCUGAAAAACCCACUACGCCAUACUUGAUUGUAUCAACACCCGAAGGAAACAAUUUGCAACAAUAUUUCCCAGACGACAAUGAUCAUGAUCUAGAAGGAUCAAGUUCUUCGUUUGAAGAUGGUGAAUCAACAUUAAUCUGGGAUGCAAGUCAAGCGAUGGGUCUAACGGAGGGAGAGACUACAAUUUCCUCGCCUCCGCCUGCCUAUCAACAAUUACCACAAACCAAGAUGAAAAAAUCUAACAAUGGAUCAUCUAGAAAUCGACCACGGGAUCUGUCAGAAAUUCCAGUCCCGUCUCAUCUGAAACUUAGUUCGGCGCCGAGUUCUCCGAGGGAAAAUGAAAAUGAUGAUAUAUAA